AAACGUAUUGUGACGUUUUAUUGAAAACGACCUGUUGAUAUGAUUUGAUGCACUCACACUUCCGUACUCGGAGAUGGUGGCGCUGAACAGCAAAUGUAAACAAGCUCAUGAGUCAGAUCUUAUUUAGGUAAAAAUAACGUAGUACAGGACGUUCGUUGAGUAUCAUCGGGUGUUCUCUGUGGAAUGAUUCCACCUGUGUGGAAGUAACCCAACUGCAUGUGCCAGUGAAUGACGGAGAGAUCUACUGCAUCUGUAAAGAUCUGUGUCUGUAGGCCCGGCAGCCAUGUCUCGGAAGCAGACAGGAAAGCCAGUGCGUGGAGGAAACAGGAAGUGUGACGCGGAGCGGAAGCGGGAUGAGCGGUCCGCGCGCAGGGCAAUCGCAAAGGACCGUAAGAACCGCCCCCAGGACAGGGAUGAUGGAGAGGAGUUCGUCAGCUUCUCCAACCAGCUCCAUGCGCUGGGGCUCAAACUGAGAGAGGUGCCUGGAGAUGGUAAUUGCCUGUUCCGGGCUCUGGGUGACCAGUUGGAGGGACACUCUCGGGGACACCUGCGCCUGCGCCAGGAGACUGUGCAGUACAUGAUGUCACACCGGCAGGACUUUGAGCCCUUUGUGGAGGAUGAUGUGCCCUUCACACAGCAUUUGUCAAACCUCUCCCAGCCUGGCACUUUUGCUGGCAAUGAUGCCAUCGUGGCGUUCGCCCGCAGCCAACAGCUUAAAGUGGUCAUUCAUCAGCUCAACACCCCACUGUGGGAGAUAAAUGGCUCUGAGAAGCUGGUUGGCCGAGAGUUACACAUUGCCUAUCGCUAUGGAGACCAUUAUGACAGUGUAAGACCAUUCGGUGACAACUCUGAGAGCCCUGCUCAGCUGCGUAUAGAGAAUCUACAUAAUUCGAGUGGGCAGCGUGAGUUUGGUGACAGCCAGACAGACAGACGGAAAGCCCCCUCGCCCACCUCCUCAGAGGAGGACAAUGUGAUCCUAAAUUCCCUGAAGAACAUGGGCCCGAACUGUGAAGAGGAGAAUCUGUUUCAGCUGAGUGUCGCCACAAUCAACGCUGGGUGGCUGUUGGAUUCUGAGCUAUCAGCCCAAGUGUGUCACGGCCAGUGUGCCUCGGGAUCAUGCUCUGCGUGUAGAGAGGCAGCGACAGAAUGCAGUGAUCACAAACUUCCACCUGAUGGAGGCAACCUACACAAAUCCAAGGCUUCAAACAAGCAGAGGAAAGAGCAGCAACACUUGGUGAAGAAAAAGCGACAAGAGGAAAGGCAUCGACAGAAGGUUCUUCAGAGCAAAGGAACACCUGACCAGAACCUCUCGGAGCCGGUCACUCUAGUGCCAGCUCUAAAUACACUUACUAUAUAGACAGAGCAUAGCCAAAUAAAGCAGCGGUUGACAAUGUUUUGCACACAGAAUCAAUCUCAAUCACAUUGGAUGACUUUCAUAUACCCUUUAGUUUCUUUGCAAAUGUAUAGUGCCUGCGAUAGGGUGUGUGUGAAUGUGUUCAGGGUUGUGGUUGACUAUGAGGAUAUUGGUGUACAUAGUUUCCUCUGUAGAGUCAAUACAGUGUCUCUUUCUAUGCUGGUGAAUGAGGGAUGAUGUUGACAUUGACCAUGCAGUACAUCUUGGCCUCUGAGUUUGUUUUGUGUUGAAUUUCUCUGAUUACAGCCAAAGAAGAAAGGGAAGAGAGAAACAUCAUUGUAAACAGAAUUAAAUGUUUUGUGAACAAUACUGAAAAAGUUUAGGUGACUUGUAAUGAAUUUAUAUUUUAUCUGGUUAAUGACAGUUCCAGUAUUAUUGAUCAGGUUUAAAGAAAUACUUAAUUUGGGAGAUUUGCUUAUGAAUGAUUGUGAAGCACUCUGUCUUGUAUGACAUGUAAUGUGGCAAUAAAUGAACAUCUUUACAGUAUU